AUGGCUUCGAGUAGUCACCAAGGUGGCGAUUGGAUGGAUCAAUAUGCUCAUAUGAAUAUCGAAGACGAGGAAGAGGGUGUUCUGAUUGCUGAGGAUCAAUCCGAAGAGGUUCAAGCUUUUGAUGAUCGUUGGUGUUUGGUUGGUAAAUUCCUUACCAAUCGGACAUUUGAUUUUGAUGCUAUGCGCCAUACUUUGGCUUCACUGUGGCAGCCUGGGAAGGGAGUCUAUAUCAAGGAAUUGGACACUAACCGAUAUCUCUUCCAGUUCUACCAUGAAAUUGAUAUCCAAGCAGUUAUCGAUGGGAGUCCUUGGACGUUCAAUCGAAUGCCGCUUGUGUUUCAUCGGUUGAAACGAGGAGAGGAUCCUAGGGUGGUUUUGUUGCAUGAGUUAGAUAUGUGGGUUCAGUUGCAUGAUCUUAAGUACGGUUUUAUGUCGGAAUUGGUGGUUAAGAAUGCGGGGAAUUAUGUAGGAACAUUUAUCAAAUCUGAUGCUAAGAAUUUUAUUGGCAUAUGGCGUGAUUACUUUCGUGUUCGGGUUACAAUCGACAUCAAUAAACCUUUGAAGCGGCGUAUGAAGUUGAUCAAGCAAGAUGGAAUAUGGAUUUGGACUAAUUUCAAGUAUGAAUAUGUCCCUACUUUUUGCUUCUUCUGUGGAUUUAUUGGCCAUAGUGAUCGGUUUUGUCCUAGACGUUUUGACCCUCACUUUGAUCCGAAUGUUAAGCCCUAUGGAGAGUGGAUGAAAGCAACCACAAGGAGGAAAAAUUAUCUCAUUGGGGCUCAAUGGCUUCGGUCCAGUCAUGAGGAGGAAGGAGGAGCGGCUCACGGAGGAGAACGGCACCGGAAUAACAGUGGCGAUAUGGACACUAAUCUGGCUGAUAUGGUGCGAUUGAAUGGAGGAUUUUCAGGAAAGGAAAGUGGAGAGAAUCAAGGGAUGGUUACUGGAGAGAAUCAAGGGAUUGAUACCAAUGAUAAUUAUGGUAAAAAUCAUAAUGAGCAAAUGCAAUUGGCUGGCCAAAAUGAUGACUCAUUGCUGAUUAUUGAUAAUAAAAGAAGACGUAUGGGUAAGGAAACUUUGCAUGAAUCUAUAGAUUCGGAUGACACUAAUGUGGGUUUGGUUGACAAUUCAAAUGUUAUGUCAAAAAAUGGUGUACAGGUGGCCCUUGGUGUUCAGGCCCACCAAUCAUUAUGA